AUGAGCCAAAGUUUGGCCAUUCCAGCAGACCUUGCGGCCAACAUGAUGUACACCUGUGAAAAAUCAGCCGUCAUUGAUCUAAAACCGAGGGGGAUUUUGCUAGGUAAAGUGCACUAUCAUCACAAUGAUCAAGGCGACUUUCCAAGCGAAAAUGCUGACCGCAUGCGUUCAGACCAGACCGCCUACCGCUUUUCCCAAGUGACGUUCUCCUCCUCACUGAAGCUGUUCUUCGAAGAUCGGACGUUCACCCCGGACUUACUUCAUCUCAACCAUGCGUUCAACACUCCAAUUGUGGACUAUUACCUGCUGUCGGAACUACACCUUGCUACCACGGCCUUGACAUCGAUGGCUUAUCGUUUGCCAUCCUUCAGUACUGGUGGUUUCGGCAUUUCACGCUUACCUGGUCCAUACACAGGUUGCGUGGGGUGCAAUUCUUCAGAGAACAACUUUCUCUUAACCUACCAGUGGUUGCUCACACUCUAUGUUCAUCGAGAGGAACUCGAUGACUACAUAUCUUUCGCCGAUGACACCAGCCUGUUCCAUCCAGAGAAUAUACCAAAGUGGAUAGACGCGUUCAAUUACUCUUUUGAAAAAUCCGGAGUCGAUAUGAAUUGCCGUGGUUUGCUGUUGGCGCUCGCUGACAUGACGCUGCAUAACGCAACUCACCCCUACACGACGACUGGCACUACGCGGUUCGUUCGGUUAUUGGCCAGUUGGACGCUGUACACCAAUCGCUGUCUCAAUCGUUUAUACGAAUUCGCGCGCUUCAGUUCGACAUUCGGAAUCUAUCGGGUGGUUCCCAACGAUGAAGUCGCUACCUUAUCACAUCUCUCAUUGGUAAUCACCUUCGCUCCCGCAGCCACUGAAGGUGUGCCUGGUCCCAGUGGUCUCAGCUCCUGAUCGCUUUUAUCCAACAUGACUUCUCUCUACCAGAGUGAUCCGCACUCUUCCAAUUUUACUUGUACUUUUUCCCGUCUGUUCGGAAGGACUGUGAUAUUGUCUGUGUGCUCGAACACCGUCAAUGUACAGCCAUAGACUAUUUAUUUUCUGCUUCGUUCCCA